UGCGACUUUUCAUGGCUGUUCGUGAUGCGGGAGAGGCAACGAUGAAGGAGGGAGGGAAUGGGUCAAGUCUGUGAGAACGUAGGUGGGAAGGUGUGUCUGAGGGUUGCGGAAGCGCCAGGCUGUGAAUGCCACGCACGAUGCGUGAGAAGAUCAAAUGCCAAUCAUGGGAGAUGAAACAGCUGACAAGUCGAUCGGCGCCCCUACUGUUCCGUGCGACUCGUGAAACGGGGCAGAGAGUUGUGGGAUCAGCGGAUCAGCGGAUCAGCGGAUCAGCGGAUCAGCGGGCCGUAGCGCAAUGGGCAGCAGAUCUGACAGCAGAGCUGCGGGCUGCGGGCUGCGGACAAGCAUUCAUACUCCGGUGCGGAAAUGCCAGAACGGCGCGCCCGACGCGCGAGCGAUGCGACCGGCGCGGCCGGGGCGAGUCAGAGGUCAGAGGAGCAGUCCAGACACGCCGUCCCAAGUCAGUGGUUUCCGUGACCACGAUGGAAAUCAGCGGACCGCGGGGCCGACGUGAUGAAGUGAAUCCGCCUAUCGCGUCGGUGCUGCUGCUCGCCGGGCGGCGGCUCAGCUUCUUCUGGACAAAUGAGCCGCACCGAUGUGGACGGGUGCAGCGCGGCCGCUCGCGGCGUUGCGGGUGAGCAUGGUAGGUUGGUGCAUGGGCGAGGGAUGCACGAGGGGGUGAUGGACUAUGUGGAGGAUCAUAAACCAGAUUGCGAGCUGCAUGAGCUGACGCUGCAUGAGGUGACGCUGCAUGAGCUGACGCGCUGACGCGCUGCACUGACAGCUCGCAUGACGAAAUGCGUGGCGCUAUCUGGUUAUCGGACGGACAAGGCCGAGAUCAGGAGCUUUGGGCGUUCGGGCGACCUCCACCGCCGAUUGGAAUUUCCCGGCUGUCCGCGAAUAGCGCGAGCAAGCAGCAAGCAGCAAGCAGCGAGCAACUAUCGCUCGCUGCGACAUAUGCCGCGUGCAUGCCAUGUUCCAUGAUGGCGAUCUAAGCGGGGGGGGG